AUUUCAAGGCAGAUAUAAAGCUUUUUGAAAGGCCAAGAGAAGAAAAAACCAAUACAUUUCUGAAACGUAGGACAGACAUUAUUAAAGACCACGAACAAUUGUUGGGCAUCUUAAUUAAUCCUUCUUCAUCCUCUUUAGGAUUUGCCGCUUUGAGUGACUCCUAGACUUUUCUCCAGUGACUUGCAGUAACUAUCGGUGACACUCUCGAUUUUUACACCCAAACGAAAUCAUGCCUGGGGACUCGGGAAAAACAGACAUGGAAAGGAUCGGCCUGUUUCAGGAGAUGAGCUAUAUCUCGGUUCAAGAUCCGUACGUCGAUGAGAUGCCAAAACCUUUCAAUGAGGAGGCUUACAAAGGCAAACAAUUGUUGGUGGAAGGCUCAAAAAAGAAGGCAGCCAAUCAGGCAGGAUACUUUGAUCGUGAAUUUAUGCGUAUUUUCGAAAAGGAAGCCUAUUCUGAUCGGGUUAAAUUAAGAAGACAAGCGAAAUUGAAGGCAGCUCAAAAAAACCUCGCUGGAGUUUUCUUUCCGAGUCAGACUCCGAAGAAAUGGUCUGGCUUGGGAAGUUACUAUGGAACAAUCGGUGGUUCAUUCAAAGCCUUCAGUGGAACAGCGAAGCCAAAGCCACCAUUUGUUCCGGAAAAUAAAAAUUUUUACACCAAUCCUGGAAAAAAAGGAACUGGCUAUGGGUAUAAUAACGUUACCAUAGGUGCACCAUAUGAACACUCUCCAGAUGCUUAUGUAGUAAAAGACACAAAGAAAGAACAACUCCUUGGAGGACCAUUUCGUUUGAACCUUUACCCUAAGGAAUACUUUGAUAGUAACCCCUACAGGAGUGAAAAAAUUUUGCCUCCAAUAAAGGAGGUACCCCCAGGGAAAAAGAUAGAAAUACCUUUUAAGCCUUCCUCUCCUGGAAAAUCGCUUGGCGGCAUGAAGGCAGGUGCAUUCGAUGUUUAUCCAGCUCAUUUCAGUACCUUAAUGAAGGAUGUGAAAGAAACCCAAAAACCUGGUAGUCAUUUAGUUUUCAGACCCAAUGCUGGACCUAAGAGCAGGCCAGUUAAAAGCGUGCUUGCAACAAAUAUCAACAAGGUGGUGAACAACAUGAACUACAAGACUGUCAAUCGUGUAAUGGCUUACUGAUGAAAGGGUACACAGUUUGCAAUGUAAAAGUUUUCAGCCAUAGUAAAGCCAUCUUGCAAGUCAAGUGAAUGCUGAAAGUACUCUACAGAAAAUUCCUGUCCUAUUUCAUUAAUCCCUUUGUAACAAAAUGGAGGAUGGAAAUUUCUCAUUAUGAGCCAGUUUGGUGGAAUUAUUGUUUUACUUUUGUAAAUACUGUACUGC